GAAGAAUUGCUGUCUGCCUAAGUCUAACUCUGGGUAGGUCUGCCCAUCUCCCAUCCGAUAGCCAUCUCUACCGCAAGCUACGCCUCUCCAAUCAAGUCCCAGUCCUCCGUCGCACCAUGUCCGUUUUCAACGCCUCUCGCCUCCUCGGCAAGACUGUCCUCAUCACAGGUGCAAGCUCUGGUAUCGGAGCUGCAACCGCCAUCCUCUUUGCUAAGGGAGGUGCUAACCUCAUUCUCACUGCGCGUCGCGCAGACGUUCUCAAGACCGUCGCCGAUGCUUGCACCUCGGCUCACAAAGAGUCAGGAGUCCAGCAAGGCGGUAGAAUUGCCACCAUCCAGUUAGACGUAUCCGACAAGACGCAAAUAGGCGCCUUUCUCGACAAGAUUCCCUCAGAUCUCCGCAAUGUCGAUGUCCUCGUGAAUAACGCUGGGUUUGUCCUCGGUGUUGAGCGCGUGGGCGACAUCGCCGCUGCUGACUAUGAAUCGAUGUUUGCCACGAACGUAUUCGGCCUCAUCGCUAUGACACAACUCUUCAUCAAAGACUUCAAGACUAGAAAGACUGGGCACGUCAUCAACAUCGGAUCCAUUGCCGGCCGCGAGCCCUACGCUGGAGGUAGCAUCUACUGUGCCACAAAACACGCCGUUAAUGCAUUCACGGCGGCCAUGAUGAGAGAACUCGUCGAUACGCCCAUCAGGGUCACCGAGAUCCAGCCAGGCAUGGUGGAGACAGAAUUCUCUGUUAUUCGUUUCCGUGGUGAUAAGUCAGCAGCCGAUAAGGUCUAUGAUGGACUUCAGCCUUUGGUUGCGGAAGACAUCGCCGAGGAAAUCGUCUGGGCUGCUUCUCGCCCACCCCACGUCAAUCUUGCCGAAGUUUUCGUUCUGCCAGUGAACCAAGCAUCGGCGACUAUCAAUUUCAGAGGAAACCGCCUGUGAAUGGAUCAGCCUAAAUUCAUGUAUUAUAGAUCAGUACUGCAAUACACUACAUGUACGAAAUAGAUGCCAAAUCUGUGCGAGGAAAGCUUCGAAAGCAAAUAAUACAAUAGAUAGUCC